AGUUGACUUUUUGAAUACAUUACUACUAGAUCAAUUCGCACCAAACACAAAAUGGGAACGCGCAACUCAAAAUCUGAAAAGUCCUCUGCGGCCAACGCGAAGCCGAAACCUGAAAAGUCGCAGAUCACAAGCUCGGACAAGGUUCGCUUACAAAUGAAACUUCAGAGAGACAACCUGCAAGCUGCCGUUCGAAAGUAUGAACGUGUGGCAAGCCUGGAGCAUGAAAAAGCCAAGGAACUUUUGCUCGCCGGCAACAAGAGAAAGGCACUCUAUUGCCUCAAACGCGAAAAGGCGCAGGAGGCGCAGAUUGCUACCGUCACGGACAUGCUGAACAGCGUGCAGCACCUGAUCGACACAGUUGAGUUUGCGCAGGUUGAGGGAGAGGUGGUGGCAGCCAUGCGUGACGGCAAAAGCGAGCUUGAUAACCUUAACAAAAUGCUCAAUAUCGAUGAUAUCGAGAAACUCAUGGACGAGACGAGCGAGUCAAUCGAGGAAGCAAACCAAAUCAACGCGCUGCUGAGUCAGCCAUUGGCGGGAGUGCCUGACGACAAUGAACUGCUGCGCGAACUAGAGGGCGCCAUGGGAAAAACGAAAGCGGAAAAUUUGCCCGAUGUCAAUGUUCCGCAGCAUCUUCUCCCCGAGGUUCGAAAGUCAGCGGAAGAGGAAGGGGAAGAAGAAAAAGAAGAGGACAAAGCUCCUGUUCGACAGUAUGCUUGA